AUGCAGAUGUCGAUCGAAAGCAACGACCGCAGCAUAAGAUGGCGCUGUCGGCCUGUUGUUGUUCCUUUGGUUGUUGCUGUGGUCUUAGCAUCUUUGACCAUGAUGUAUAGCAAAGCUUACUUUCAAGGAUCUCUCGCAUUAGCUGGGCUUCUGAGCCUUUCAGACUGCUCCCCUCUAUCGCAGCUCUUCUCCCGAGACGUAACGACAGCUAAUACUGAAGCUGCGUUCAAGACUCUGCAGCAAUGGUACAACCAAUCGACAGGCCUCUGGAUCCCGAGCACCGGGUGGUGGAAUAGUGCAAACUGCAUCACAGUGAUCGCGGACCUUGUGGCGGUCGAUGGGAACGUCAGGGGAAAGGCUACUGAUAUCUUUGCAAAUACGUAUACCAAUGCACAGAAGUACAGUCUGCAGAUGACGAAAGUGCAAGGAGUGCAGGGCACUUCGCAGUGGGAUGCGUUUUUGCCGAGAUGUUAUUAUCAGGACUAUGGUCCUCAGGUUCCACCGGGUAAUGCGCAAAGUCUGAGGGCUCAAGUCACAGGCGGCUUUCUGAAUGACUACUAUGACGAUGAGGGAUGGUGGGCACUUGGCUGGAUUGCGGCAUACGAUGUGACCGGCAAUCAGAGAUAUCUUUCACAAGCCGAGACGAUUUUCAACGAUAUGAAGGCAGUCUUCGGCAAGACGAACUGCAGCACGAUUAAUGGCAAUACUGGAGGCAUCUGGUGGGAUAAGCCGCAUUCAUAUGUCAAUGCCAUCGCCAACGAGCUGUUUCUGGACGUCGCCGCCCACCUUGCUAAUCGUGUCAAGGGCAGCAAGACGACGUAUGUCAACAUCGCUAAACAGCAAUGGGCGUGGUUUCAAGCAUCUGGCAUGAUGAAUGCUCAACACACCAUUAACGACGGCCUCGAUCAGAAGACGUGCAAGAACAACGACGGCACGGUGUGGUCCUAUAACCAGGGCGUAAUCCUCGGCGGCCUGACAGAACUGAGCAGAGCCACUGGCGACAAUUCAUACAUCACCACCGCCCAGCAGAUCGCCGACGCUGCCAUCGCUGCUCUGGCACGCUCUGGCAUCCUCACAGAUCCCUGCGAACCAGACUGCGGAGCAGAUGGUGCGCAAUUCAAGGGCGUCUUUGCGAGGAAUCUUCAGAUCCUGCAGAAAGCCAAGCCGCAGAAGAAGUAUGCGGAUUUCUUGGACAGGAAUGCGGCGAGUAUCUGGCAGAAUGAUAGGAAUCAGAGGAAUGAGUUGAGUGUCAAGUGGGCGGGACCUUUUAUUCAGCCGGCGAAUGCGAGUACGCAGAGUUCGGCGUUGGAUGCGAUUGUUGCUGCUUUGGCGACGUAG